AUGAACAUGGAUUCUUCCUUGGCAGCUAAAGCUGCCAUCAGGAGACAAUCUAGCCAGACAGCGUCCGCCAACGAGGUUAUUCCGCACACGGCGUCUUUGGUCCGCACCAAAAAUGCCAACCCGCAGCCAAUCCCUAAAAACUCGCAUCCUCGCAAGAGCGACGGCUCGGCCAGCAGCGUCUCAUCCGUGCGAACAAAACAGGUUCCGGCACCUUCCUCUGCAGACUGGGGGAGAAGACCGUCAACUCCUGGUAAGCAUGCCUCGCGCACGACUUGGGACUCCGUGAACAGCAACAGCUCGUCUGCAGCGCUAGCUGCCGCUUCGCUCGUGGCCAAGUCGAAGCCGUCGCUAAUGGUGUCAACGAGCCAGCCAAAGCUGUCGACCGCGCCCGAAAAUCUCUCUUCACCAUCCAUUAGAACCGUCCCUUUGAGCCUAUCGUCGCAUUCCAUUCCCAACCUUAAGUCGCCCAAUUUCGGCACAGCCAAGCCAUUGAGCGCCAACGACUCCACUCCGCCGCAUCCAGAUUUCUAUAAUGAUCCACUUUCUAGAAGUCCGCACAACAGCUCUUCUCCCAACCGCUCUGCCAAGUCGUCAGUGCACAGCUUGAGUUCCUCUCUAAAAGAUGACACUAAACUGUUAUCUCCGCCACCAAAAGUCUCUCAUGACGGAUCCAUCAGUACAUCCAACUCGUACUCGUCGCUCUCACUGCCCAUGAUCUCCGAGGACGAGGAUUAUCUUUAUGAAGACGCCCCUGAAGAGCAGUCGUUCAGCUGCAGCAACUUGGACCUCAGCUACGAGUUUCCCGAUCACGGCUUUCACCAGCUGCCCGAGCCGGCUACCAUAGCCGAUUUUUAUGACCAAAACCCUUCGGAUAACGAGAAAUUCGACACAAAACGCCCGCUCUCCAGAAAGCCACCUCCAGCGGUGGAGGUAAAUGAAAGUACCUCGAUAUUAAAAGAGCCGGUCUCUGUCGAGCCCAUUGAUGACGACAUACCUGUCAGUGGAGACGAAGUGCUGCCUCAGUAUCCUGUUUCCCCGGUCGCUGAGUACAGGCUGCCUCACCACCACCACGGAUUGGUGAGAGGGGCGCACGGCAAGAAGUUCCAGAGGAUGCUGGGUUUACAACGACACGACUCGAGCCAGUCGACGCACCCCGUGCCUGCUGAGCAGGACCAGCAUCUAAAGUUCAAGACGACGCUGCGAAAGGAGAAACCUGCGAAGAAAAGCUUCAACGAGGCAAAACCGUGGAAGCAUCACAAUGAUGCUAAUUACGUGACCGAGGAAGAAAAAAAACGAUACGAAGGAGUGUGGGCAGCCAACAAGGGCUCGUACGUGGACGACAAAGAGGAAAGCAUUGUGGCAGACGCCGGCAAACGGAUCCAUGGACUCGUGGUACGAGAACUUUGGCGCAGGUCGAGACUGAGCGACGAGACCUUGGAACGGAUUUGGGACCUUCUGAUUGAACACCGCAGGAAAGAGUACUUUGCACGCCAGCAAGACCAGGACGAGCAGCACGACGACCUGGAGUUCGACGACGGUACGCUGACGAAGGAAGAAUUCAUUCUGGGAACGUGGCUAGUCGACCAGUGUCUGUACGGGCGCAAACUGCCAUCCACAAUCAACGACGAGCUGUGGAACAGCGUGGAGACGCGCGCGUCUGUGAUUGUGAAGCCGAAAAAAGGCAAUAGCAGACGCAAACGAGAAAAAAUGCUGAAAAAAGUCGGUAUGGCAUGA